AUGCCGUUCUUUGCACCUCUUCGCAUGCCUAUCAAGCGUAGGCUGCAGACAGGCGCCGUAUUGGUCUGGAUCUCCGCCAUAGCGAUCAGCCUGCUACUCUUCUUGUACCUUUGCACUAUCAAGUAUCUCUGGCCAUUGAUCAUCAUGUAUCUACUGUGGAUCCUUAUGCUGGACCAGGCACCCGAAAAAGGUGGGCGGAGGGUGCAAUGGUGGCGCAAUUGGCGAGGAUGGAAGAAUUUUGCCCAGUACUUUCCCAUGACCCUUAUCAAGGAAGGAGAUUUGGACCCCUCCAGGAACUAUAUCUUUGGGUAUCACCCACACGGUAUCAUCUCAAUGGGGGCGUUUUGUACGUUCGGCACUGAAGGACUGAACUUUUCAAAGCGGUUUCCAGGAAUCCAUCCUCGAUUGUUGACACUGCAGACCAACUUUCAGAUCCCAUUUUAUCGCGACUAUAUCAUGGCUCAUGGAUGCGCCUCUGUUUCGAGAGCGUCGUGUGAACACAUCCUGCAGUCAGGCAAAGGCAACUCGAUUGUGAUUGUGGUCGGCGGUGCACAAGAGAGUUUGGCGUCCAAGCCAGGAACCCUGGAUUUGACUCUCAAGAAGCGACUUGGAUUCAUCAAACUGGCACUUGUCAAUGGUGCAAGUCUGGUACCGACGCUCGCUUUCGGCGAGAACGACCUCUACGAGGUGUAUAGCGCCAAGCAUACUAGCAGGACAUAUCAGAUCCAGCAGCUGUUCAAGCGCCUUUUUGGAUUUACACUACCCAUGUUCAACGGACGAGGCAUCUUUAACUAUGAAUUUGGAUUGUUACCAAGGAGGAAGCCCGUGUAUAUUGUCAUUGGCAAGCCGAUCCACGUCGAGAAGAUGGAGGGCAGUCCAACAACAGAACAACUGCAAGAUCUGCAGAAGAAGUAUAUUGACGAAGUACUCGCUAUUUGGGACAGAUACAAGGACAAGUACGCACCUGCACGCAAACAGGAGCUGCGGAUCAUUGAAUAG